AUUACUUAAGUAUUCAUUGUAAGUUCCUGGCAUUUUCGUCGCAUCCAACAUGGCUGGACGAGGUGGUUAUGAUGAGCGCGAUCAUAGAGAUUAUGGAGGAGGCGGAAGACGAAGAAAGCCUUUGCCUACAGAACCUCCAUUCACAGCAUAUGUCGGGAACCUGCCUCAAGGAGUUGUACAAGGAGAUGUGGACAAAAUAUUCCAACAAAAUCAGGUGAAAAGUAUUCGUCUGGUUCGUGAUAGAGAAACAGACAAAUUCAAGGGUUUCUGCUAUGUUGAAUUUGAUGACGUCCGUGGCCUGGAGGAGGCGUUACAGCUUGAUGGCAGUGUGUCUGUUGAGGGCAACUUUCUGAGAAUUGAUGUGGCUGAGGGAAAACGCAGUGAUCGGGGUGGUGGUUUUGACAGGGGUCGAUCACGAGGUGGCUUCCGAGGAGGAAGAGGUGAUCGAGGUUAUGAUGACUUUGGAGGUGGUGCUGGUGGAGGUAGUAGUUUCAGUAACCGAGGUGGACGAGGUGGAGGAGGUGGAUUUUCAGAUUCACGUGGAAACCGGGGUAGCUAUGGCCAUUUUGAAGAGGGUGGUGGAGGAGGUGGCAGGGAAUGGGGUCGUGGUGGUCGAGGAGGUUAUGCGGGUCGAUCCAGGCCUGAUACUGGUAGAGACAGGAGACCACCUACAGAAGAUUUUAAGGAACCCUCUGCAGUGGAUGUAGGUGCAAGACCGAAAUUGCAGUUAAAGCCUCGAACUGUAAACAAACCUCUCAAUCAGUUGGCAGAGACAAGUCAGUCAUCCAAGAUAUUUGGUGGAGCAAAACCUCGUGAAGAGAAUUUUCCCAAGUAAAAAUAUACACUGCAGUUUAUAUUGUGGUUGGUUACUGCAAAAGCAGAUCCAAGGGAGACCCUGUAAGUUGCGUCCAUAAGUCAAGGCAGAUCAUCAGUCAUGGAAUUCCAUUGGGAACACUUAAUUUUUAAGCACAGGAAACAUCAGCUGACUUAAAUUGUUGUUGAUGCUCUGUUUCAUGCUGUCGCAAUCCUGUUAUUGAAACAGACCCUGCUCAUCUUUUCCCCAUACUUAAUAUAUCCUUAUUCACAAGUACUAUUUAAAAAUUUCUUUCCUAGUCUAGGAAUUGCCAAGGUAAAUAAACUUUUUUUAAUUAGAAUGAUUUUGAAGAUCAAUAUUCCCAUCAUCUUGGCUUUUAUCGUGCCCAGUGAAUUCUUGGAGAGUUAUUUUCUGAGCCGAUUCUAAUUUUUGCUACUGUGGUGUAGUGAUUGAAUAUUUGCAGGCAUGUUUAAUGUUCACUGUAUAUAAACUCCUGUGUUGUAAGAAAUAGAAUUGGUUUUGAAAUGAAGAUAACCAACAAUGAAGAUCAGUUCAGCACUUCGUGAUUCACCACAAUAUGAAUACCUUGUCCACUGAAGGAUGUGACUGACCAAACAAAGUGAAGCAGCUCGUAGCCAGAUGCCUUGUGUCAAUCUUAAAUUAGAAUUCGUGUUUAUAGCACCCUUAGAUUGGUUCUUGUGCUGCUGUAACAUAAUGAAGCUUUCCCAUUAGAUAUAGGUAGUGUUAUUUCUUUCAGUAGCUAAGGUAUAAUUAAAAUACUUUAGGCAAGUGAUUUUUGUACAGGGAUACUGGCACUACUAAUGUUCUUCAAUUUGUAAGAAACUUUUGUCCUUUUUUUUUUGACCUUGUGGGGGGGGUUUAUAAAUUAUGUUUGCUCGUGAGAGACGUGUCCCUCUUGAUAUGUUGUCAAAUAAUUUAACAUAAUAGAAUCACUAUAAAAAUAUUUGAGGGGUUGAUGUUUUUUUAAAUAAAAUAGAAAGUCACGUAAAAAUGAAUAAAUGAUGAACAGUACUGUCAGGAACUCUGGAUGUGUUCUAUUACUGUUUUCAGUUUUAUGCCCAGUAAGUGAUAGACAUGCUGAUAUAUCAAAAAAAUUAAAAACGGUAAAAAGCAAAAAAUAUAUAUACACUGCUCGAUCUUAAUUUCUACAAAGGAGGAGUUAAUUUUGUAUGACUGCAAAAUAAAAAUAUAGCAUCACGGACGAUGAUGCAUGUUUUAUAAUUAAAACGUAAAAUGAUGAAAUAAAAGAAAAAUGCAAACCAUGUGACAGUUAAAUGUUAUAAGGUACUUUUAAUGAAGCAACAGAAAAAUGGACAGAGAAAAUGCUGUUGCUGGUACAGUGUUGAAGUAUAAAAAUUAUGAUGGUUCUUUACCCUUGCUCCUAUGUGUGUAAAACUGAUAAUAAAUUUUUACAUUAUCAGUAUUCUGUGUAGGUCACUAUGCUUAUACAUAUUAAAAAUAAUGUUGGUUUGCCCCAGAAUGCAUUUUUCCCCAUUAUGACCAACCUCAACAGAAUAUCCUGAUGCAGUAUGAAAAACAUAUUGUUGUCUGUGCAACCUGGAUUUUUUUUUUAUGUUUUCACUGUCACUAUUUUGUGAUUAUAGAAUUCAGUGAGAAGCAUUGACUGUUUCCCAAGAUGUUGACCAUGUGAAGAAUUUACAAUUAUUUAUAUUAAAUUUUAAUUUUAAAAAAUACCUUGGAAAUAUAUAUUCAUCAAAUUAAUAUUAAAGAAUAUAACAUACUGGAUGUUGAUGAACAGUGUUAGAUCAGUUACAUAUUUUAUUAGAGAACUGCUUUCUGCAGUGAGUCGUAAAGUAACUGAAACAUUACUCUUUGUGGUGUCAUAAUGAUAAGGUAACAAAAGAUUUAAGGAAAGAAUUGACUUCAUGCUGAAUUUAUCACUGCAUAAUUAACUUUAUUACAAAUAAGAAUGCAGGUAAUUCAGAUUAUGGUUUGUAAUAUCACCUUUGAACCAACAGUUCAAGGUUUGGAUGCUCCUCAUUUCAAGUCACCAUCACCUUUCCUUUGCACUUAUCUUCAAAGGAAGAAACUGCCCUAAGCCUCAGGGAAGAACAAUUUGCAAGACCUCAGUGCAGCUGGGAAAAUUACAUUGAAAUAUAUAUUAGAGAAAUGGAGUGUGGAAUGAACUGAACUAGUUCAGGAUAAACUCAGUAUUGGAUCCUUAAAAGUGGGGAAUUUGUCAGUUAUUUGUGCUCUUGUUUCUGUUACUUUGGGCACUCCAUGGAUCCUCUGUUCAAGAAACUGGAGACACCAGCUUUAGAAAAGAUCUCUGCUCUAUGACAAAUGUUUUGUAUAAUGUAAGUAAGCAUGUACUACAUACCCAACUCCUGUUCUAAGGAUGUGAACUGAUGAUGACUACACUACUUUCUCCAGAUCAUGUGGAAUGCAGUUACCAGUGACCCUGUCCAUAGUAUUUGUCUGUCCUUAAAAAUCAUAAGCUUGGAUAGCUUUGUCAGUAAAUUGACUGACUAUGGACUGGACAACCAAGGUUUGGGAUUUCUGUUUUUGCCACCACAUCGAGGUUCUCGGUCCUACUCGGCUUCCUAUUCCAAAGGAAUCGCAGCCUAUUUCAAUGGGGGUAAGAGAGCUAGAAUGUGAUGCUAAUCACUCUUGUCUCUCUCUCCAAUGCUGAGGUUAAGAAUGUGUCUUCAUAGCAUGAUGCAUAAGCACAGGGACAGUUUUACCUUUAGAGUAUUUCAAAUCUGCUUAGAAGUUUGGCAAUUUCUCUAUAACUCUCAUAUGUACAUGUAAUGACAAUUUGUGAGAAUUUACUAACAUUUCUAUGUCUGUUCAUCUCCAGGCACUUUGAUCUGGAUGAAAUUUGGUAUUAGAUCAUUCUAAACAUUUCCAUACAGAUGUACAUAGCAGUUCAUGUUGCUCAAUAUGAGGGUUAGAGUUAAGUGUUACAUAUUUGAUGCAUAUUACUUUAAGUUGAAAAUCUAAACUUUAAUAAGGACACCAUUAUUUUGUUCUGUACAUUUUUUCAUAUACUGUUUGUUUCAAAUAGUUCAGUAUUAAGUACUAAAUUGGACGAUAAAUAUAUUAUUGAGAGAUCCCCACAAAUCCAAACAUUAGUAUUAACAGCUGAAUGUAGACAUGUUGAAAGCAACGUAUGUAAUAAUUAACUCUACAAAGUUUGGCAGAAAUCUCUUUUGGGCCCUCUAGUUGAGCAAGUCUGAACUUGGCCAAAGGUUUGUUUUGUUAAAAUAUUCACUGUUAUUAAAAAGUCUGCCCUUGAAAAUUUUCAAUCACCAAUUUGUUAACAUUUAUUAAUAAUUCUUUCUAUGAAAUUUGUAAUUGUUAUAGGGACCUCUUUUAUAUUUUAGCAUAGGGCCUUGUGUAGUCUUAAUUCAGUCCUGCUGACAUUGACUAUAGAGAGUUGAUAAAUAUAUGGCCAGAAAUAUGAGUCGAGGAUCAAACACCUGCAGCAUGCCAUUGUAAUAUUACUUGACAAUGUAAACUCAAACAUUCAGCCUCUUGCUAACAGUCACUGUGUAUUUGUCAUUUGUAUUUAACACAGACUCUCAGUGAUAAUGGCCAUCUUCUGGGCUGUUGUGCUAUGUUGUCUGGUAGAAGCUGGUGAACUUCUAAUAGACUACACAUUACAGCAACCCAGAAGAAAGCCAGUUAUGCUUACUGCCACGAGAACCUGAAAUUAACUUCAUCUCAUUUUGUUUCAAGUUUACAUAUCAUUAUAUAUAUAUAUAGACACACACAAAUUAAUAGAAACAGACAUUAACUUACCUGAAAGACCCAACCAGGCAACAAUAUUUUUCAAGCCCUGAUAUCAGUCAAAUGCCCUGAAUCAGGAGCCUACGUUUGAUUGCCUCUCACUCCAGUUGUGAUAUGAUAGGACUGCAACCAUCUGCUGGAACAUUUCACAUUUAGCUGCAAUCAUGCUGUGUCAGUCUUUUAAGAAAAUGUGCAAUGGUGUUAGUUGUUAGUAAAACCUAAUGAGAAGACAAACCAUGAGCAGUGACUGUAUAAGGGGUAAGUGUAUGAAAUGAAAGAAAAGUUUAAAUGGUAACAUGAAUAUGUGAAAUGUUUACUGAUUACUAAAAGGUUCUGAUAAGGGAAGGAAAAUGAAUUUUUAAAAACUUUGGUACAGUGUCAAGUUAUAUGUAAUUAUCACAGUGAAAUGUAAAGCAAGCAUGUGUAAAUUUAAAGACCAUGGACCAUGGCAUGCUGACUGCUUUUAUUGAACGAGUUUCUAUUUAUUUGACAAUCUGUCCAUUAUGAUCAUGAAAAGCUGAUAAAUCUCCAAUCUUCCUGA